UGUGCGUGUGUAAGCGAGGGUUAGCUGAUGAUAUAUUGUUUUUGUCCCAAAACAUUUGGAAAAAGUCUCAUCGCUCUUUUGACACAACACAACACUCUUUAACACAGCCGCCACCUCUUUCCCGAUCAUCACUUCCUCUUCUAUGAACCAUGCAGAAUAUGUUACGGUCAAAGCCGAUCAGUACCUUUUCUAGUAGUGCUAGGAGCUUUUUUCUUGGUGGUACACGAUGUAAUGCACCAGAUGCUAAUUCCUGCACGUGCAACGAGGACGAAACAUGUGCGUCAAUAAGACAACAGAGGAAAAGGGAUCAAGAUUUACUUGCACAGAAGCCAACCUCUAUAGUAGCCAAAACACUUGCACAGAAGCCAAACUCUAUAGUAGCCAGCACACUUGCCCAGAAGCCAACCUCUAUAGUAGCCAACGCUACAUCUCGAGUAGAAGGAGCCUCAGUUUCAGAAACCCCGGCAAGUGGAACAAGUUCUCACAAGGUCGAGAGUGUUGAUAAAUCUGGCAGUGUACAACAAGUCAGGUCUACUUCACUUCCUUCAAGUAAAUCAAACUCCGUAGCAUAUGCUUGUGUGGCUGAUGAUAGUCAGAAUCAUGUUACAGAGUCUUCACCUCUUGAUGGUGAGCAGAUUUAUAGGGCCGGUAUUGCAGCCGUCAAUUUCAUUUCUGAUUUAGUUAAUAGUAAGCUUCCUUUAUCAGACGGGAUGGGAAUCCUAAGCUACUCUAAAAAUUGUAUGGUUGAACCUAUAGCCAACAUAAGAUCUUCCAAUGUAAAAAAAAUUAGAAAGGAAGACUUUAUUAGUGUUCAUCCCAGACCACCUGUUUCUACUGAGCGAGGUCCAUCAAACAAUACUAGUAGUUAUCAUGGUUCAAAGGGGAGAGGUGAUAAAUCAAAGAUAGGUAAAGGCUUUCAGCAUGCUGCUUCUUCAGGGACCGGGAAGUCAGAGGUGGCUCCCAGUAUUCCUUUCAAUAAUUAUGACAGCAGACCCUUGCCACAGAGGACAAGAACUCAUGCAAAUCGAUUUGUCACUAAAUUUGAUAGCAACAUGCAAACUUCAAACUCGCAGAUGUUGGGGUCGUUCAAGGAAAGCUUCAAUAGAUACCCCAGGGAUCUGAAAACAUCAACUGGAACUACUUCAUCAAAAGCACAUUAUGCGAAGACAAAUCGCCGCGGUGUGGAAGUUGUUAAAGAUAUACUGCAACAGUUAAAGUGGGGUCCUGCUACAGAAGAGGCUCUUUAUAAUCUGAAUUUUUUUAUAGAUGCAUAUCAAGGCAACCAAGUCCUAAAGCAACUUGAAGACCACUCUGUUGCUCUAAGCUUCUUUUACUGGUUAAAGCGACAACCGAGCUUCCGGCAUGAUGGGCAUACUUACACCACCAUGGUUGGUAUCUUGGGGCGUGCAAGGGAGUUUGGUGCCAUAAACAAUUUGUUGGAACAGAUGGUCAAGGAUGGAUGUCAGCCUAAUGUUGUAACAUAUAAUCGCCUGAUUCACAGCUAUGGCCGCGCAAACUACCUAAAGGAAGCACUAAAUGUCUUCAAUCAAAUGCAGGAGAAGCGAUGUGAGCCUGAUCGUGUCACUUACUGCACGCUCAUCGAUAUCCAUGCAAAGGCUGGAUAUCUUGAUGUGGCCAUGUCCAUGUAUGAAAGAAUGCAACAAGUUGGCCUGUCUCCUGACACGUUUACUUACAGUGUGAUGAUCAACUGUUUGGGAAAAUCUGGUAAUUUAGCUGCUGCUGACAGACUAUUUGGUGAAAUGGUUGAUCAAGGUUGUGUUCCUAAUAUUGUCACCUACAAUAUCAUGAUUGCUUUGCAAGCUAAAGCAAGGAAUUAUGAGGCAGCAUUGAAACUAUAUCGUGACAUGCAGAAUGCUGGAUUUAGACCUGACAAAGUUACAUAUAGCAUUGUAAUGGAGGUGCUUGGUCACUGUGGGUAUCUUGAGGAAGCAGAAGCAGUCUUUGUUGAGAUGAAGCAGAGGAAUUGGGUUCCAGACGAACCUGUUUAUGGUCUUCUGGUAGACCUAUGGGGAAAGGCUGGUAAUGUUGAGAAGGCUUGGGAAUGGUACGGGGCAAUGCUCAGUGCAGGUUUGCUUCCAAAUGUACCAACUUGCAAUUCUCUCCUCAGUGCAUUUCUUAGGGUGCAUCGAUUGCCAGAUGCGUAUAAUCUUCUCCAAAGCAUGGUAGCACUUGGCCUAAGUCCUUCUUUGCAGACUUACACUUUGCUUCUCAGCUGCUGUACAGACGCACAAUCACAGUAUGAUAUGGGAUUUUGUUGUGAGCUGAUGAAAGUCAGUGGCCAUCCUGCUCAUGUAUUUUUACAGUCAAUGCCGGCAGCAGGGCCCGACGGUCAGAAUGUGAGGGAUCACGCAAGCAAAUUUUUGGACCUGAUGCAUUCAGAGGAUAGAGAGGGCAAACGAGGACUUGUAGAUGCAGUGGUGGAUUUUCUUCACAAGUCCGGGCUCAAAGAGGAAGCUGGUUCGGUUUGGGAGGUGGCUGCACAAAGAAAUGUAUAUCCAGAUGCUGUGAAGGAGAAAAGCCGCUGUUACUGGCUAAUAAAUCUUCAUGUCAUGUCUGAUGGAACAGCCGUAACUGCAUUGUCUAGGACACUUGCUUGGUUUCGCAAAGAGAUGCUGGUAUCUGGUGUUAGCCCUAACCGGAUAGAUAUUGUGACUGGAUGGGGCAGAAGGAGCAGGGUCACAGGUUCUUCUCUUGUGAGACAGUCGGUACAUGAACUGUUGCGUCUAUUUAGUUUUCCUUUUUUCACAGAAAAUGGGAAUUCAGGUUGUUUUGUGGGUUGUGGGGAGCCUCUUAGUGAAUGGUUGCACCACUCUUACGUGGAGCGAAUGCAUUUACUCUAGUUGCUUUCUAUCUUAUUACACCCCAAUUUUGCUGUGUUGGAUUGACAUUCUAGCAUUUUACUCUUUAAUAUGUCACAGUGCGCAGUUAUUUAAGCUAUUACUCUGCCAAGUUUAUGGAUUUUUGGACUGGUAAUAUUAUUGAUUCAUGUUAAUGUUCACUCGCAUUUGUUUAAUGUUUCUCUCAGUUUCAUUUUUUCAA